GACAUUGGAUCAACAUCGUUCUCAAUAGUGAUAGAUGCUUCUAAUAAAGGGAACACAAAAUUAUUCCCAGUUGCUGUCCGCUACUUUAAUAAAGAUAAGGGAAGCUGCACAUGUAUCAUAGACUUUUUGGAGGAUGCAGAUGAGACAUCAGAGGCAAUCGCAAACAACUUACGAAGUUGUCUUCAAAAUGCCGGUCUGAUACAUAAUAAAAUUGUGGCAUAUGGAGUAGACAACGCAUCUGUCAAUUUUGGAAAACACAAGUCUGUUUUGGUGCACCUAAAACAAAUGUUAGAUUUACCAAACCUUGUGCCAGGGCAUUGCAGCACUCACAUAGUACACAAUAUGGUGAAACAUGGCUUGAAAAUGCUCUCUUAUGAUGUAGAGAACUUGGUCAUCAAGGUUUUCAGUGAAUUCUCGUCCUGUGCAAACAAUAUUAGUGAACUUAAAGAGUUCCUUGACUUCAUGGAGACAGAAUAUUCAGAAAUCUUAUGCCAUGUACCUACACGGUUUUUGACCCUUUUCACUGCCGUUGACAGGUUACUGAAGAAUUGGCCUGCACUCAAGUCUUACUUUGUGAGCAAAGGAGAGGAAACAGUGAGCUGUGCAAUAUGGGUCUUUCUUUCUGAGCAGGAGGACACAGUAUCCGAUGAUGAUAUUACGCUUCCAGAACUGUACAUCUACUUUGUGCACAAUAUGAUGAGUCAAUUUAACAACACCAUAAAGGUUCUUGAAAGUGAUUACAUUCAGGUAACUGAACUGUAUACUAUAUUCAACAAGCUGAGAAGAGAGAUUCAGAUUCGACAAGAGCAAGGCUUUUAUGGAUACAAGGUGACACAGUUCUUGAAGAAACUGCCGCCUAACAAGCAGAAUAAAUUUGUUGGAGAUGCCCAACAGGUUUACAUGCGCAUGCUACAGUACCUGGAAAAGUGGUUUGAUUUCAGCGAAAACUCUUUCUAUGUGUUGUGUGCGCCACUCAAUCUGGACAGACCUCUUGAACUAGACAAACUGUGUGCUUUGACUACAAACUUGGGCAUUCAAGUGGAUGGCGGUGAACUAUUUACAGAAAUGUGUACACUGAAUGAUGUGCUACCAACCCUAAAGAGUUUGACAAAUUAUGCUGAAUUGACAUUGUGUCAGGAGCAACAUCAUCGAAUCAGUGUCUCUGAGGUAUGGGUAGAAUUCUUUAAGCACUGGGAAGCCCCGAACUUACUUAAAAUUGUGCAACAUGUGCUUGCUGUACCACCCAGCAAUGCAUUUGUGGAAUGUAUUUUCAGUGUUAUGAAGAACUUGUGUACUGAUGAUAGGAAUGAGCUCCAGGUGGACCUGGUGAAAGCUGAGCUAUUCGUGCACUUCAACUGUAAAAUGACAUGUGCUGAGUUUGCUGGAUUUUUGAAGACAGAAGCAGCUAAAGAGCUUGUGGUGCCAGCAAGAAAAGAACAGAAGUAUAAAUCAGGUGAGGGGAUGAUGAGUGAAAAUAUGGAAGAGAAUCCUCAGCAGGAAGAUCUAGAGCAAGUUGAAACUCAUGUUACAUUAUUGGGAAAAUCUGAAGGGACUGUGUCCUGGAGUCCAGAGCAUGGAAAAGCUGGUGAAUGUCAGCGCAGGCCAGAGAGACAGCAGGUAAACCAGUCAGGGAAGAAAGUGGGUAAAUCCACUCAAUGUGAAGGUGGUUUGAAUAAUCUUAGUAAAAACAUGAUGCACCAGAGAUUCUCCAAAGGGGAGGGAAAAACACAUGCACCGAGUGUGGGAAAAGCUUCAUUCGGAAUUUACACCUUAUUAUACAUCGCAGAACCCACACAGGAGAAAGACCUCAUAAAUGUCUUCAGUGUGGGAAAAGCUUUAUUGACAACCCAACCCUGAAAAUACAUCAGCGAAUCCACAUGGAAGAAAAACCAUAUAAGUGCCCUGACUGCCAGAAAAGCUUCAGUGAGAGACCACGCCUUAUUGGCCACCAGAGAAUCCACACAGAAGCCAAAACUUUCAUAUGCUCUCAGUGUGGGGAAACCCUCUGUAACUGGUCAGCCUUUCUUAGACAUGAGAGAAUCCACACCGGAGAGAGACCUAAACCUUAUCACUGCCUCGAAUGUGGGGAGAACUUCUGUGAUAGGUCAGAUCUUAGUAGGCAUCAGAGAAUUCACACAGGAGAGAAACCCUAUAACUGCCUGGACUGUGGAGAAAGCUUCAGCUGGCGCUCAAACCUUACCAGGCACCAAAAAGUUCACACUGGGGAGAGACCCUAUAAGUGCCUCAAGUGUGGGAAAAGCUUCAGUCGGAGAUCAACCCACAGUAGACAUCUGAGAACCCAUUGGGGAGAAAGUGAAUAAAUGCUCUGACUAGGGGUGGCUGAAGUGAAUUAUACUGAAGCAGUUGCACCACUACAGCUAAAGUUGAAACUAGCUUCCUUUUUAACUGCCAGUUUUUCUGUGUGCUCGAAAAUCUAAAAUGUGGACUUGGAUUGUCUUGAAAAUUGCUGUGCCUCAUCUGGGCCAGGGGCAGAGCUAGCGAUGUGAGGUGUUCAUUUGGUCUAGGGGUUCCUCAGAUACAGCUCCCCCAGUAAGGAGCUGCUUUUACUAUUCAGAUAGCUCUGAAACCCUGUGCCAACUUAACCCCCAUGAAAAGCAGGAAAUAUAACUUUAAAGUACAUGGUACCCCCACAACAUAACCUUAACUCUGCCCUCUUUGAACGAAGUCCCAGCGUACCAGUAACACACAUUAGCUUUCUACCUUUACAGAUGCUACAGACCACUUCAGGAACAGAGCACUGAUGAGCAGUGUAGGACAAAUUCUGCCACCUUCUGUUGAAGGGAAGACCCUGGGGUAGGUCAGGCAUAGUGAGCAGCUACCACUUACACUCAAAAACUGAGCGUACUCCCCACAAACCACCCCAGAAUUUCAAAAUGUUCCUAUGCCUUCACCCCUGCCCCGAGGAUUCCUUGAGACAGGGCUUUCACUGACCCUGCAGUAAGCCCUGGAGACCUCAUGACAUAUACCAGCAGAUUGCUGGCAAUCUCCAGGGCUACACUCCCUUGUGCAUUUCUACUGACAGAGCCUACAGAAUUCAGCACUGCAAUGAAGCAUAACUGAUCCUUUUAAAGUACACCUGCACCUCUUCUAUCACAGUGACAGCUCUGCCAACCCGCUCCAGCGAAUCUCUUCACCAUUCAAUAUAGCUAUGCCUCAUACAGGGAAGGUAGACAAGUGCAUGCACAACACAAGCAAUGGUACAUUUUCUUAGUCCUUUAUGUCUGCUUAUUAUGGCAACACAGUUAUUGAACCAUUCUCCGUGGCUAUUGCCAGCUCUAAGGGGGCGGAGUUAAGGUUGCAUUGUGGGAAGACAUUUACCUUCAUUUCUUAGUUUUUAGAGGUGUAAGAUUAGCCACUCUUCACAUUGUGGAAGGGCACAAGGCAGCGCUGGGCAACCUUAGCUCUGCAUUAACUAAAGUUUUGAACAGUUAACAUAUUUGCUGAUUCCACAAAUGUCGUCACUGUUUGACUUUUCAGUGACUGCUUUCCCGUCUCUGGUGUUAGGAGACAGCAGUCAGCUCCCAUCUGCUCAGCCCUCCUCUGCCUCUGCCUGAUUUAGCAAAGAAUCCCUGAUCAGCACCUCUACCCUGCUGCCAUCCAUCUCUGUCUCGGCUGAAAUCUUCUACCUUAUCUUACCUGGUUCCCCAGCCAGUGUCCUAUGGACUGGUAUCUGAGGAACCUUUCAUACCCUUUAUUCACAAAGAUGCCCAGGGACCUGAGGCAAUCCAGUAUGAAAGGACUAGGAGAGAUGCGUGAUGGGCAGGGAAGAGCCUUUGAUUGAGCACAGGGGGAUGGGAACCAAGGAAUUGAGUGUGUGAUUCAACCAGUGAUGGUCAUAACUCUUGUGGCUGUGGAAAAAGCUUCAAAAUGUGACCCCAGUGCACCCUAAAGGCUUAAAAAGCAGCAGGCAAAUAAAACCAACCCCAAAGCUGUUAUUCUUACACAACUUCAUGGUUUUAAAGCCAAUCUCAUGGUUUUUGGUGAGCCUGACUUAUGACUGUUGAACAUUUGGGGUUGGCAAUGCUGUUUCCCCAUCAUGGAUAGGAUCUGUUUUACCAACUCUACCCUACCCUUCCCCUUCUAUGGCCUGUCUACACCAUCAAACCACCCACUAUGGAAUCUUGUCCCUGCACAGAACAAUCCUGGCCCACUAACACCUGAGUGGGGUUUGCAGUAGAACAUGGUUCUGAUCCACGUUCCCCUUCCCUGAAGUAGUGCAGGGUUCUGCAGACAUCCCCUGGGGCGGUGCAGCUCCUGGGACCUGGGUCAGUCCUGUCUACACUGCAGUGCCCAGCCACGCCCUAAGGGUUUUGGGAACCACUAUGCAAUUAAUGGCAUCCCCAGAACAAGACUGAGAAUGCAGACAGGGCCAGACCUUUCUCCUAUCCCUCCCUCCCCUGGCUCCAGACUUCUCUGCUCCUGGAUCCCUC